GGGGGGGCGGCCCCGCCGGUGAUGCGCACGCCGCAGGGGCUGCCGGCCCGCUGAGGUCGGUGCGAGGAGCGCUGGCGGCGGCGCCGCGGCCAUGCCGUGCACCUGCGGGAACUGGCGGCGAUGGAUCCGGCCGCUCGUGGUGCUGCUCUACAUCGUGGGGCUGCUGGUGGUGGUGCCGCUCUGCGUGUGGGAGCUGCAGAAGCUGGAGGUUGGAAUUCAUACCAAGGCAUGGUUUAUCGCUGGGAUAUUUCUGCUAAUGACUAUACCAAUAUCUCUCUGGGGGAUACUACAACACUUAGUCCAUUAUACUCAACCUGAAUUACAGAAGCCAAUAAUAAGGAUUCUGUGGAUGGUUCCGAUUUACAGUUUAGACAGUUGGAUAGCUUUGAAAUACCCCAAGAUUGCAAUAUAUGUGGAUACAUGUCGAGAAUGCUAUGAAGCUUAUGUCAUCUAUAACUUUAUGGUUUUUCUUUCAAAUUACUUAACCAACCGGUACCCAAACCUCGUGUUAAUAAUCGAAGCGAAGGAUCAGCAGAGGCAUCUGCCCCCUCUCUGUUGCUGUCCGUCCUGGGCUAUGGGAGAAGUUUUAUUAUUUAGAUGUAAACUGGGUGUUUUGCAGUACACUGUUGUCAGACCAUUUACUACCAUUAUUGCUUUAAUUUGUGAACUAGUGGGAGUGUAUGAUGAAGGAAACUUCAGCUUCAACAAUGCGUGGACUUACCUGGUUAUACUUAACAACAUGUCACAACUAUUUGCCAUGUAUUGUCUGGUGCUGUUUUAUAAAGUCCUGCGUGAGGAACUGAACCCUAUCCAGCCUGUUGGCAAGUUCCUUUGUGUGAAGAUGGUAGUUUUUGUUUCUUUCUGGCAGGCUGUGCUCAUUGCAUUGCUGGUGAAAGUUGGUGUUAUUUCUGAGAAACACACCUGGGAUUGGCAAAGUGUGGAAGCUGUGGCUACAGGCUUACAGGAUUUUAUCAUUUGUGUGGAGAUGUUUCUGGCUGCUAUUGCACAUCACUACAGUUUUUCCUAUAAACCUUAUGUUCAAGAAGCUGAAGAAGGCUCAUGCUUUGACUCCUUCCUUGCAAUGUGGGAUAUUUCUGAUCUAAGGGCAGAUAUCUCUGAACAAGUUCGAAAUGUGGGGAGGACAGUUUUGGGCCAGCCAAGGAAAAUGUUUUUUGCUGAGGAUCAUGAACAAAAUGAGCAUACCAGUUUACUGUCUUCAUCUACUCAAGACCCAAUUUCUGAUGCUUCUUCAAUGCCAUCUUCACCCAUGGGUCACUAUCAGGGGUUUGGACACACUGUGACCCCUCUCACAACACCGACAACAGCCCCUGCAGUCGAUGGGAUUUUUAACCCUUCUGCCAGUCAGGAUGCUGAGGAAUCACCUGAACCAGAGAACAACUUAGCAGAGAAAGCUUUAGGUAAAAGUUAAACUCGCCUUUUCUUUGAAUGUGUCAAGGAGUCAUUAUGUACUUGAAUCAUGUGUCCUGUUAACAUGUACUAUUAAGGAUGAAAGUUGAAAAGUUUGGGAAGGCUGCUGCAUGGACAGAAGAGGGUAUGGUAUGGCUGUAACUGACAUCUGAAUCCAGAAUCUACAAUGGCUGUGAGCAUCUGUGAGUACCCCAUGGAUAUGAAACACGCACACUGUAAAGGUUUCUGCAUAAAUUCAAGCAUCAUCUCCUUAAACUGCUAAAUGCUUCCACAUCAUAUCAAAAUUACAAUGGAUUUUAUUAGUGCAAAAGAGACAUUUGAAACAGAUCCUCUGCUCAUAUAAAAAUGAAGCGCAAGUACUAUUAGCAAUGGGAAAGCCUAAUUUCAAGAAUGUAAUUUAAGGAGAGCAGUAGCAAAAACUGUUUGUGCUAACUUGGCUUGUCUUAAUGAUGGUUAACUCCCAUACCCAAUGCUGAAUGGAGUGUGGGGUGAAACAAUAGCUUCUGUACAGAUGCCACCUUCUUCCCAUUCCUACAUAGCUAAAUAAAGUCUCUUCAUGAAGAUAGCUACUACCGAGCAUUAGUGAAGAACCUCUACAGAGAAAACAUUCCCUGCAGGCCUUGCUCUCAAGGUCCAUGCCCAGAUCAUAUGGUUGGUGUAUCUGUUGUCCUUGAGGCUCAUAGUUUGUAAGUCUUUUAUGUCCAGAAGAGACAGCCAGGAUGGUAAGUUUUGGAUUAAUACUUUAACUUGACUAUUCUUUUCCCUAGCCUUCUAAAAUAAGAAUAAUGGUUACUACCUUAAAAAUACGUGGAGGGGGAAUGGAGGAUAUUGAAAAGGAAGUAGAAAACAAAACUGAUUUCUUUAUUUUGGGCUGCAAUAAGUUCUUUAACACUUAAGUUUUUUUAAGCUGUUAAAGCAGGAUAUCUUGUGUCUGUAGUAAUUUGUGUUCUUAAAUUUGUGUCUGUGUGAUUGUAUUAUGCUUCUAGUAUAGCCUGGAUUCAAAUGUAAUGGCUGUUUUUUCCCCCAGAGAAGACCUUUGCUGAGGUAAAACUGUGUAGCUAGUCUAAUACUGGAGUUACUAGGACUAGAUUUCAGCCCAAGAAGCAGUAUACUUGUAUAAAUGUGUAG